AUGGGACAAUUGGUUUAUAUUUCUGAGCUUAACGGAUGUUAUGACCCAUUGGCUUAUCUAAUUUUAUUUCUAUGUGGUGAGCAGAGUUGGGCUCUACGCAAAAUUUUGUAUAAGGGCUUUUUAUCAACACCUGAGAUAAAUAAUGUUAGUGAAAAUUCUACUGAAAAUAUUGAUGUAGAGGAAAAAACUGUAGAAGUUAGUGAAAACGAGCAUAGUCACUGUGAAACUUCUGAUGAUGAUGAUAAAGACGAUACAGUUAAUUAG